GUCACUUCUUUAUCACUGUUAUACAGGAAGUGCUCUGAACUACACCCUUCAAAACAACUUUAAACCCAAUGUGGGAAUGCGAGCAGACUCCAAAAAGAUUGCUGUCUUGAUCACUGAUGGAAAGUCCACAGAUGACGUAAUCCUCCCCUCACAGAAAGUGAAGGACGCCGGCAUUGAGAUCUUCGCUAUUGGUGUGAAGGAUGCUAACAAGGAGCAGCUAAGUUACAUUGCCUCCGAUCCUGAAGAAAUUCACAUGUACUCUGUCAGUGACUUCUCAUCCCUCCUGGACAUUGCCGACUUCCUCACCAUCAACAUCUGUAAGAGCUCUAAUAGCUUAGCGCUGUGA